CAAAAGGCUAUCCAUAACAAUCAAGUAUGAAAUUAAUUUCACAGGAGCAAAUGGAGGCUAGUGGUAGAGCCACAGCUCUUGGCGGUUUGAAGGGUGCUUUACUUGGUUCUUCUCUCACAGCCGCUGGUUUAUAUUUCGCUGGUAGACGCUACCCAGCUGUAGCUGCCCAACCACCAGUACAGAAGGGUUGGUUGUUGCUUGUCGGCACACUUCUUUUCGGUGCGACAAAUGCAGAAUUCGCGUACGAAAACCACAUGCGUGAACAAUGGAAGAACGAGGACGUACAAUCCGUUGAAUUGUUAGAAAAACAUAAACAAGAGAGAGCAGAUCGUGAGUCAUCUUUAUCAACGGCCGAGAAGGCACUUCUUUUGGCAAAGGAGAAUAGAUUCAAGUUUGUAGUCGGAUCAUGGUUUUUAUCUAUGGCUGGUUCAGGUGCUUACAUUUGGGCACGUAAUCCUAUGCAAUCCUUCUCACAAAAACUCGUUCAAGCUAGAAUGGCUGCACAAAUUUCAACAUUAGGUGUUUUAGUAGCUACAGCAGGUUUAUCACAAAUUAGAAUCAGAGGUGAAGAAGACAGAUUGAGAGCUAAUAAAGCAUCAAAUGGUGACGAUGAUUGGAGAUACAUCGUCGCAGAAGAAGAACAAAGAGAGAAGCAGGAACAAGAGCAAAAGAACAAACAGAAAUCAACUGAUAAACCUGCUGAUAAACCUUCCGAUAAGUCAGAGACUCAAAAGAAGAGUGAUUAAGUAGCUGAAAAUUUUCGAUCCAUUCAGACAUAGAAUUGAAAAUUACAAUGAUAAAAGGGAUAUAAUUUUAAUAAUUUAUAAAAAUUUAAUGUAUCAAUUACGUAAUAAAUGACAAAAUCACCUCUCUACUA